UUACAGUUCACGCCAAACGCCUGCUAAUUCAGUUUUUCUCUCUCUACGCGCUCUUCAGCUUUUCUCUUUCUACAGUAUCUCGAUCCUCAUCAUCUCUUUUCAAUAAUGAGAGAGAAAAGCCACUGCGUAUCUCUCUUAACGUACUCCACUCUCUAAAAAAUUCCUUUCCACUGUUCUCUCUCUAAUCAACAAUGGAGUUUGUGAACAAAAUCUCUGCAUUGCUCCUGUUUUUUGCUCUUUUUUCACUUGCAUCUCCUCUCACUCAUCAUGAUCAAGGUGAAGCAUUGAUGGCGUUGAAAGCAUCAUUCAGAAAUGAUGCUAAUAUGUUACUGGACUGGGAUAACGAGCAAAACGGAGAUUUCUGUUCAUGGAAGGGAGUAAUCUGUGACAAUAUCAGUCCGUUUGUUGUUUCUCUGAACUUGUCUAAUCUGAAUUUAGGUGGAGAGAUUUCACCAGCUAUUGGUGACCUGAAGAAUCUGCAAUCAGUGGACCUAAGAGGGAACAAGUUAACAGGUCAAGUUCCAGAUGAAAUUGGAGAUUGCACAUCACUAAGAUUCUUGGAUUUGUCCUAUAAUAUGCUUGAAGGAGACAUUCCCUAUUCACUAUCUAAGCUAAAGAAGCUUGAGUAUUUGAAUUUGAGGAACAACCAAUUAAUUGGUCCUAUUCCUUCAACAUUAACACAGAUACCAAAUCUCAAGACUCUGGAUCUUGCAAAAAAUCAGAUUACAGGGGAGAUUCCAAGGUUAAUAUAUUGGAAUGAAGUCUUGCAAUAUUUGGGUUUACGUGGAAAUUUACUUUCAGGAACCUUAUCUCCAGAUAUGUGCCAACUCACUGGAUUGUGGUACUUUGAUGUAAGAGGUAAUAAUAUCUCUGGAACUAUCCCAGAAAGCAUUGGUAACUGUACAAGCUUUGAGAUCUUGGAUAUCUCAUACAAUCAGAUUAGAGGAGAGAUUCCUUACAAUAUUGGAUUUCUACAAGUAGCCACUUUAUCACUACAAGGCAACAGAUUAACUGGGAAGAUUCCUGAGGUUAUUGGUCUUAUGCAAGCUCUUGCUGUACUGGACUUGAGUGAUAAUGAAUUAAUUGGACCAAUACCGCCAAUUCUUGGAAAUUUAUCGUACACUGGGAAGUUGUAUCUCCAUGGCAACAAGCUAACAGGGCCAAUUCCACCAGAGCUUGGCAAUAUGUCAAAGCUUAGUUAUCUGCAAUUAAAUGACAACGAGUUGGUUGGUGGAAUUCCAGCUGAACUUGGAAAUCUUGAGCAACUUUUUGAAUUGAAUCUUGCAAACAAUAAGCUAGAGGGACCUAUCCCUCACAACAUCAGCUCAUGCACAGCUCUAAAUCAGUUAAAUGUUUUUGGUAAUCGCUUGAAUGGUAGUAUCCCCACCGGCUUUCCCAAUCUUGAGAGCUUGACAUAUCUGAAUCUCUCGUCCAAUCGCUUUAAUGGUGAUAUUCCUAUUGAGCUGGGACGAAUAGUCAACUUGGAUACCUUGGAUCUUUCGGGAAAUGCCUUUUCUGGGUCUGUUCCAGCAUCUGUUGGUGAUCUAGAGCACCUCCUCAUCUUGAACUUGAGCCACAAUCUUCUUGAUGGGUUGCUACCAAUGAAAUUGGGAAAUCUGAGAAGUGUACAAAUUAUAGACUUAGGAUACAACAACCUGACAGGGAAUAUACCAGAAGAAUUUGGUCAGCUACAAAAUGUCAUGUCCAUUAUAUUGAACAACAACAACCUGUUCGGAGAUAUUCCAGAUCAGUUAACCAAUUGUCUCAGUCUCAACAACCUGAAUGUAUCCUUCAACAAUCUAACUGGGAUUGUCCCUACAGUUCGAAACUUUUCACGGUUUCCUCCAGAUAGUUUCACUGGAAAUCCGUUUUUAUGUGGGAAUUGGCUAGGAUCAUUGUGUUGUCCAUACGCAUCAAAAUCGAAAGCAAUGUUCUCCAGAACAGCUGUUGUUUGCUUCAUUGUUGGCCUCUUCGUCCUAAUGUGUGUGGCAGUAUUUGCUUUUUAUCAAACCAACAAACCAGGUCCAUUUAUAACCGAAACUGUAAAGAAGAUGCAGUGUCCGCCCAAGCUAGUUGUUCUGCAUAUGGAUAUGGCCUUGCACACCUAUAAUGACAUUAUGAGUGUCACUGAAAAUUUUAGCGAUGAAUACAUUAUAGGACAUGGUGGAUCCAGCACCGUAUACAAAUGUACAUUAAAGAAUUCUCGGCCGAUUGCCAUCAAGCGAUUAUACAAUCAGUGUCAGACAAGGGAGUUUGAGACUGAGCUUUCAACCAUAGGUAGUUUACGUCACAGAAAUCUGGUCAUUUUGCAUGGAUAUGCUUUGACACCCUUUGGAAACCUCCUGUUUUAUGAGUACAUGGAAAAUGGAUCUCUUUGGGAUCUUCUUCACGGUCCGUCUAAGAAGGUAAACCUGGAUUGGGAGACACGAUUGAAGAUAGCUGUUGGAGCUGCUCAAGGGCUCUCUUAUCUUCAUCAUGAUUGCAAUCCUAGGAUUAUUCAUAGAGAUGUAAAAUCUUCAAAUAUAUUGUUGGACUUGAAUUUCGAGGCCCAUCUUGCUGAUUUCGGAAUUGCUAGAUCCAUACCCACGGCAAAGAGUCACGCAUCUACUUAUGUUGUUGGAACUAUCGGUUACAUUGAUCCGGAGUAUGCACGCACCUCUCGACUAAAUGAAAAAUCAGAUGUGUAUAGCUUCGGAAUAGUUCUUCUGGAGCUGCUGACCGGAAGAAAGGCAGUUGAUAAUGAAUCCAACUUGAGGCAGCUGAUAUUGUCUAAAGCAGACAACAAUACAGUAAUGGAGGCAGUUGAUCCAGAGGUAACAGUAACGUGUAUGGACUUGUCCCACGUGAGAAAAACAAUGCAACUUGCUUUAUUGUGCACCAAGAGCAACCCUUCAGAAAGACCAACCAUGCAUGACGUUACCAGAGUGUUGGUAUCCCUUCUUCCACCUCCCCCUGUGAAGAAGAGCUCAACAACUUUGAUGCUGCCAGCACCACCUGUUGUUGAUUAUGAGAGUUACAAGACCCAACCCACUAACUCACAACAUGGAGGAGUUAAUUCUUCAUCUGAUGAUAGAUGGUAUGUACGUUUUCAGGAAGAACUGUCCACUAAUACUAGCACAUAGGGGUUGAUGUCCACUAAACAAGCACGCAUUUUUAUUUAAUUUAAUCUGUCUGUAUUUGAACCAAACUUCUUUUCUGUUUGCUUGCUUGCUAGCUCGGAGGAAUAUAAACAUAUUUC